AUGAUGUUCACCACUUCUCUGAAGUUUGCCUACGGAAUAAAGGCAAACAUCGUUGACAAAGUAGUAGCAGGAGUCGCUUUUCACUCCCAAGUUUCCAGUUGCCAAAGUUGCUGUGAGACGAGACCAAACAAGCCAACUCUUUCUACUCGUACACGCUUUACUCUACACAUCCCACGCCACUCCACUCACCCAACGCACACGAACACAAAACAACCAAGGAGACACACACUGCGCUCCCCAUCUCCACAUGUCAAGCAGCGCACGGCCGACUCAGCCCCCCAGAGGCCAGGAAGCCACGCCCUCGCCGUCGUGGCUAUGACGCCACCGGCCUUCCUCGCCCUCGCGCUCCUCGCCUUCUGGACGCCGCAGCUGUCGGCGCAGCCGGCGGCGCCGCAGCCGGCUGCGGCUCCGGCUCCCAGCUGGGGGGAGCUGGACUGCAGGGGCGCGAUGCUGAACCUGUCGUCGUGCCUGACGUACGUGGAGGCCGGGAGCGCGCUGACGCGGCCGGACAAGGGCUGCUGCGGGGCGCUGUCCGGCGUGGUGGACGGCGAGGCCGCCUGCCUGUGCGGGCUCGUCGGCGGGUACGGCUCCUUCGGGGUCCGCGUGGACGCCGUGCGCGCGCUCGCGCUGCCCACCGCCUGCCGCGUCGACGCGCCGCCGCCCAGCCUCUGCGCCGCGCUCGGCAUGCCCGUCGCGGAGGCGCCCGGCGGCGGCCCCGUGCCCGCGGAGUCAGGAUACGGCACGCCGGCGACCACGCCGGCAACGUCAGGCGCCGACGGCGGCCCGGCGGCGGCGGCGAGGCGCGGGAACCGAAGGCGUCACCUGCGCCUCGUGCUCCUCCCGUACUGCGCCGCGCUCCUCACGCUGCUGCCGUGA